GAAGCCAUUCUGGUGCACUCUGGUGGUUCUUGUAACAGCGUCGCUGCUUGCUUGAUCUCCAACAGUCAAGCUGUGGUAUUGUGGCUGAAGAAAGAUUUGCUGAAAAACGAAUUCCCUUUGGGUUCAAAUGGAUAAAGCUGUGUUUUCAACUCCAAAGUCUUUUUUUCACUUGACACUUAGACUUUUUGUGUUGGAUUCAAGAAAGUGCUGCAACUAAUAACGCUUCAACUCUGCUGACAGUUUGGAUGAAUCUUUCUGGAAACAUGUUGCUGGCUGCUAGAGGGUCCAGAAACAGUCACAUCUAUGAGAUGAGGGAGAGACACGACCUUCCAAGUGUUGCCAAACAGGAAUCUUGAGGUGUGAAAUGUGAGCAUCAACUGCAAAGAAAAGGAACCUGUUUGCUGCGGGACAACUUCAUCAGCUCUUCAUUUUGAUUUGUUUGCGUGAUGCUUGUGAAGAUUCUUUACUUGUGUUAAUUUUGAUGUGAAACCCAACAUCUUCAUCUUGUGACUGAGUUGAGCCUGGGAAAGAUGAAUAACUCAAGCGCUGUACUAUCGGAACCUUACCACAGCCCGAUGGGACCUUGGAUCCUCAUCGUAUUGGUCACCAUCAUAGUGAUCACUGUGGUGGGAAACCUGCUCGUCAUCAUCGCUGUGGCACGCACCCCACAGCUACAGACUUCAACAAAUAUCUUUAUAAUGUCCCUAGCGUGUGCAGACUUCAUCAUGGGGAUCCUUGUGGUGCCUCUUGGGGCCAGCUAUUUGGUGACAGGUAACUGGCUAUUUGAGAAACAAAUGUGUGACUUUUGGACUUCUGUUGACGUCCUCUGUGUGACAGCGAGCAUAGAAACACUUUGUGUCAUAGCAGUGGAUCGCUAUAUAGCCAUCACAAGGCCGCUGAGACACAAGGUUCUGCUCAGUAAGUUGCGUGCCAGAGUGAUAGUUUGUUUAGUGUGGUUUGUGUCCACCUGUAUUUCUUUUGUACCAAUUAUGGCAGGGUUUUGGGAAGGAGCAGAUGAUGAUCCUUGCCGUAAUUAUACUAAUUGCUGUGACUUUGCUACCAACCCUGUUUAUGCUAUUUCAUCCUCUGUAGUUUCUUUUUACAUUCCUCUCAUUAUAAUGAUAUUUGUUUACACCAAAGUCUUUGUAAUAGCAACACGGCAGGUCAAGCUCAUAGAUAAGAAUCGAUUGCGUUUCCAGAAUGAGUGUUCAGCAGCACAGAUUCACCCUACCACCAACAUCAGCAACAUUGUCCUGUCAUCAGCAUGUAUGGGCUCCAGUAGCUACAACAGUGCAGGACGGAGAAAGAGUGUCAAGCGUAGACCAUCACGGCUAAUGCUUGUCAAGGAGCACAAGGCCCUGAAGACUUUGGGCAUCAUCAUGGGGACGUUCACAAUAUGCUGGCUUCCGUUCUUUGUUGCAAACAUUGUCAGUAUUUUUAUCAGUGGCAUUUCUGGAUCAUGGCUCUUCCGACUGUUUAACUGGCUGGGAUACAUCAACUCUGGCCUCAACCCCAUCAUCUACUGCAGGAGUCCAGAGUUUCGGGCUGCGUUUAAGAACCUUCUGGGCUGCCCAUGGUUCUCCACCUUGUGGAUAAAUGAUUUCUAUAAAGAACUGCAGAGCCGUUGCUCCUGUUUUCUAUGGCAGGCGGACUCAGGCGGGGCCGGCUCUUUGCAAAAGUCUCGGAGCAGAACGAGUGAGGGCAGCGAGAGCACAGCCAGCAAAAAUGAGGAUGCUUCCCUCGGCCCGCCGCAGUCCAAUGGCGGCACACAGUUCAGUGACCGUUCAGAAGCAGAGCUCAAAUUUUUCACAUUGCAAGAAGAGGAUGGAUAAAUUGUAAAAUGUCAGUCUACUGAAGCAAACUGUAAAUGUGAUUCCUGCAAAGACUGAGGCCAAACAACAGUGAAGACAAGCUAAAGGAACGUGAGAGGUAGCUCCAAAGAGAUGACUCCACCGAUGGGAAUCCGAUGACGUGGUCUGGACUGCGGCUCGCUGCUCUGCAAACAUUGACCACCUAACUUCCCAGUGUCAUCUGCAUAUUGUUUACAAAAUACCUUCUGUUUCAGAGUUAAGACAAAAAUGCAUUCCAGUUAACCUUUGGAUACAUGCAUACAGUUGGUGGCCUGUGGUUUUAAAAUAUCGGUGUAAAAUAAUGAUGUACAAAAUAUUACCUGGUAAGUUAUGUAUUUAUGAUACACUGAACCUGUAGAAAAGAAAAUUGAAAAGCGGACUACGAGUUCUGGCAAGGUUGUAGGCUCUUUAGAAACAUUUUAACCACACAAACUUUUCAGUGUAAAUGUAUGAGGAGUUGGCUGAGAUAUUCCACUCCAGUGUUUUGGUUAAAGCCUUCAUGUUUUUGUCUAAAGCCUGGCCUCUGAUUGUACAAUCUUCUUUAAAUCCUUUUGUUUAUGUUAUAGUAGUUUCAUGAGAAAGGUAAAUUAUACUGACAUAUAGUAUAGAUACUAUUUACCAGUAUAUAUAGCAUAUAGUGUGUAUACACCUAUACAGUACAUAGUAUUCACCCAAGUCAUAAUAUAUUGAUGAAUAAAAAGAGCUGUCAGACUCAGAUGCCAGAGCACAUGUAAUCUUAUUCUGCAGAUUACAUGUAACUAAACAAGGUACAGUAUUAUAAAAUACGGGUGAAUAUAUAUUGAAUGAAUAUGCUAUAUGCCUUAUUUCUAAUAAAUUUUAUCUUUUUUUUUUGUAUGUGGCAAUCUAAGCCAAGUAAUGCACUCACAAUAAUGGCCUAGUAACGGACAUGAUGGAAGAAGCUUCCAUGACAGCCAUUAUUUUAUUGCAGCGUAUGAUGACACUGGAAGGUCAUUGUAGGUUAAAUAAUUUUUAAACAGUCUUUUGUGAACUCACACGAUAAAACAGUUUUGGAAAUCAAAUUUAUAAAUUUAUGAGAAAAAAAAAUAUGUUUGAUGAGAUUAUACAACUACUGAUUAUUAACAGGAGCAACACGCAGACUUUACUCUUACAUCAAUCACAUAUGAACGCUCUAAAUAUGUAAGAACCUAUUGCACUGACUCUCUCAUUGUGUUGAGGGUUGUUGCUUUGUUGUUGCUGCAAAAUUUUAACCUACAAUUGACUCUAUAUGAAAUUUUUGUAUUAAUAUAUCUUGUUGGGUCUAAUUACUUAUAAAACUUUGUAAAUAAUUAGACACACUGAGAAAUAAUGGAUAACUUAUAGUUGGGAUUCGGGAAAUCAGCUAAUACAUACAAGUGACUGUUAUUAACCCUGACAAAAACGUAGUUAUGAUUUUAUCCCAGUUUACAUGAAUGCAUUUUGUUUCCUUGUUUCAAGUACUGCAGACGUACUCCAGUAACACUGUCGAUGUUCAUGCCUGUUUUUUAAAGAGUAAUCUGAGCUCAGUAAUUCUAACUGCAGAAUAUGUUUAACUGUAUAUUAAAGAGAGUUUCCCAUUUGAGGAUGGUAACCUAACUCACACUUGGUUGUUUUGUUUUACUUUUUUUUUUAUUUAUCUUUUUUGUUAAUAGGAUUUAUGAAUAAAGGCGUUUUUAUUUCCUUUUAUUUACAAGUGAAAAUACCAUGCUGAAUACAAAAUAAAAGAUGAUCAUUUCGAGUAAUAACUCCUCUUGGAAAAUAUGUUGUCUUUGUAAUAAAAAGAUCUAAGAUGCUUAAAAAGAAUAUUUGCAGAACUCAAUAAUUUGUGGGCAAGGUUUUCAGUUUUACAACACAAAUCUGAGUUAGUACAUUAUACUGUCAUCCAAAGACAA